GUUUAUAAGAAAAAAAAAAAACAAUAUUUUUCUACUAUCAUAAAAACAACUGUUAAGCAAUUAUCCAAGUUAAGCAAAUUGUAUCCUCAUAAAACCAAAAAUAAUAAUAAUAAAAAAAAUACUCGAGCAUUUCAAAUAGCUACAAAUAAUCCAAAAACCAUUAGAAUUGGUUGGUCGGAAAACUUAUUAAAAGACAAAAAAAAAAAAAAAAAAAUUACACCUGUUUAUUAUAUUCUGUGUAACUUUGGAAAUAGAUCAAUUAAACUAUUUUUAAAUAAAACAAUCAAUUUAGUAAAUUAAAAAAAAAAAUUAAGUUUUAUAUAAGGUGAAAUCAAAUGGCGAAAGUAAGAAAAAACCCAAUAUUAUUAAAUUAGUAUUAAUAUGUAAAAAAAAAAUUACUUUAGAAAGGCAAUGGAAAACCUUCAAAAGAGAAAAAGAGCGAAAAAAUUGUACCAGAAAUUAUUGAAUUACCGCCACCGCCACCACCUCCAUCACAAGGUGAAUUUAUAUGCAUACACAUUGGACAAGCUGGUAUUCAAGUUGGAACAGCUUGCUGGGAAUUAUUUUGUCUUGAACACGGGAUCAACUUGGAUGGGACUAUUUGUCAAUUAAAGACAAAUUCUACAUCAAUGUUUUCACUGUCCCAAGCUGACACAUAUGUUCCUAGAGCUUUGCUAGUAGAUACUGAGCCUACAGUUAUAGGUUUGAUAAAAACUUAUUUUCUGUAUUAAUAUUUCUCAAGGUUUUUAUUUUUCAAUAAUUUCAGUAUAUUAUGAAAUACCUUGAAAUAUAUAAACGAUACAAAUUCAAAAAAUAUGAUCCUAGAUAGAGUUUUAAGAUUGUGUUACUAAUGAAUUGGUUUUCAGAUACAAUAAAAACUGGAAAUUACCAAAAACUGUUUCCUAAUCAGAAUAUGAUAAACGACAAGGAAAAUGCAGCAAGUAACUAUGCCGCAGGAUUUUAUGGGAUCGGCAAGAAACUUUCAUCGGCAGUCAUGAAUCAGCUGUCAUGUUUAGCCGAAAACUGUAAUGCAUUACAGGGAAUUGCUUUGUUCAGAUCAACAGGCGGUGGUACCGGUUCUGGAAUGAGCUCUAGGAUUAUCAAUGAUAUUAAGGACAUGUAUCCUAGUAAAACGAUUAUUGAUUUCAAUAUUUGUACUUCAUCAGAAGUAAGUGUUCAUUAUCUUAAGUAACAUAGUGGAAACUAGUAAUAGUAUUUUUUGAUAGAUGUCACCAAUUAUCGUGGAACCAUAUAAUACUGCUUUGGGCACUUGUCAAGAUUUAGACUCAGUCAAAUGUUCAUUCCUCUUUGAUAAUAAGACAUUGUAUAAUAUAUGUGGUUUUAAACUAGAUAUUCCUAAGCCUACAUACAGAAAUAUUAACAAUGUUAUAGCACUAGUAUGAUCGAUCACAUAAUUAAAUACCUAAAAAUUAUUGAAUUUAUGUAUUGUUGUUAAAUAUUAAUAUAAUAUUGUAGGUUACAUCAGGAAUUACUUCGUCACUUCGGUUUGAGGGUUCGAUGAUGAAUAACCUUUCAGAAUUGUUAACAAAUUUAAUACCGUACCCUAGAUUGCAUUUCCCACUAAUCACACAUGUUCCUAUCUCAAAUAAUGCACAAAAUAUUUCAUCUGCCAGUACACAAUUAGCUGCAUUAAGCUUUGACCAUAAUUACCAGAUGACCAAAAUUGAUUCUAAACUAGGUAAAUAUCUAUCUAUUUGUAUGAUGUACCGAGGAAAUUUAACACCAACCGAUAUCAAUACGGCCAUUGCUUUUGCUCAAAGAGAACACACUAUCCCUGUAACAAAAAACAUAAACUCUCCAUUGUUCAAGGUUUGUGUAACAAUAUGUCCACUUUUUAUGUUAUGUUUUUAGUUAUUCAUUGUAUUUUUUAGUUCGGUCUGUGUUAUCUUCCUCCACUCACUGUGCCAUCUAGUGGAAUAGUUGCAGCCACCAGAACAGUAACAAAUUUUUCUAACAAUACCGCUAUCAAACAAUAUUGGAUAAACUUGAUGAAAAAUUACAAUAAAUUGUUGUCUAAACGAGUGUUUGUGCAUCAUUUUACUGGAGAAGGAAUGGAAGAAGAGAUGUUUAGUAAAACUACCGAAAGUAUUUCAAAAUUGAUUGCAGAAUAUGAAGAAAUUGAAAAUUUAUAAUUUUAAAUAUAAUUUAUUUACAGUAUUAGGUAUUGCAUUUCAUUUUUUUUUUUUUUUUAUUUUUUUAAUAGAUUAUAUAGUUUUUUGAAAAAAGCAUAGAAAAUCAGUAAAUUGUAGAAUAUUUUUUCAUAAUAUUUAACAACAAUGUAUGACAAUGAAAAUAUAUAGGUAAUUUACUUUUAAAAUCAAGUUUCUAUAACCAAAGUCCAC